GGCUUCCGUUUUUUUUCUCUCUUUAAUUUUUCUCUAUUAUUAACAAGUCAUGACAAUGGCCAUUGAUUGCAUGGUGAUGCCUAUGAUACAAGAUGAGAAAAAGUCACUCAUUUUCGACUCAUCUGUACUUAAAAAUGAAUCGAACAUUCCUAGACAAUUUAUAUGGCCGGACCACGAGAAGCCUAGUGGUUUUGUUGGUGAACUUGAUGUUCCGCUUAUUGAUUUAGGGGCAUUCCUUUCUGGUGAUCCGAUUGCAGCUAAGCGUGAAUCUAGUCUGGUUGAUGAAGCAUGCAAGAAGCACGGUUUCUUUCUCGUGGCAAAUCAUGGUGUUGAUACUAAUCUUAUCUCACUUGCACAUCGCUAUAUGGACAUGUUCUUUGAAUUGCCACUUUCCGACAAGCAAAAGAUUCAAAGGAAGAGAGGAGAUCAUUGUGGUUAUGCUAGUAGCUUUACUGAGAGAUUUUCAUCCAAGUUACCUUGGAAAGAGACACUUUCUUUUCCAUAUUCUACCCUACAAGGCUCGUCCCACAUGCUUGAUCAAUAUUUUCUAAAAACAAUGGGGGAAGACUUUAGCCAUAUUGGGAAGUUUUACCAAGAGUAUUGUAAUGCGAUGAGCACUCUCUCUUCUGGGAUCAUGGAACUCUUGGGCGAGAGCCUAGGCGUGAGCAAAAACCAUUUCAAACAAUUCUUUGAAGAAAAUGAAUCGAUUAUGAGACUCAACUAUUAUCCAACAUGUCUAAAACCAGAUCUUGCGUUAGGAACUGGACCACAUUGUGACCCAACAUCAUUAACCAUCCUCCAUCAAGACAACGUCUCAGGACUACAAGUUUUCAUGGACAACCAGUGGCGCUCUAUCAGUCCAAAUAAUAGUGCUUUUGUCGUUAACAUAGGUGACACAUUUAUGGCGCUUUCAAAUGGAAGGUAUAAAAGUUGUUUGCACAGAGCUGUAGUAAACAACAAAACACCUAGAAAAUCUCUUGCUUUUUUUCUUUGUCCUAAGAAGGAUAAGGUGGUGAGGCCACCGGCAGAAUUGGUGGACUCUAAUAAUCCUAGAAUAUAUCCAGAUUUCACAUGGCCAACUCUAUUUGAAUUUACACAGAAGCAUUAUAGAGCUGAUACCAAUACUCUACGAUUCUUCUCUACUUGGCUUCAACAGAAAACUACGGAAAUUUAAGGCAUACUCAAGAAGUUUUUAGUAGCAUUUGUGACAUCCAAUGUAGAUCAAGACCUUAGCCUUAUGGAAAUUGGAAUUCUUCAUUGCAAGUGAGAUAUAAUAAUUUAAAGAAGAAAAUGGUAAUUUAUGUCUAUCGAUUAGAUAAAGUAAAUAGUGAAUUCAGGUGGCUGUUUGAGUGAAUAUUUGAAUGUCUUUUUUAAUAAUUUAAUUUUUGAGAUAAGAUAAUUACAUACUUUGAUUAAAAUAUUAAAAUAAACACAUAUUAUUUUUUAAUGAGGUAUAAAAUAGUUCAACAAA